AUGCAGGACGCAGGCGCUGUCGGCGUCAUCGUAGUCAACCGCAAGGAUGCGGACAAGCUGGCCAAUAUGAAGGUCAACGACACGAAGGAACUCUCCACACAGGUUACCAUUCCAGCCGUCAUGAUAAGCCACCACGACUGGAAUACCAUCCUCCCGUGCAGAAACGACACUAAAGUCGCAUUCACGGCUGAAGGCGAGGCUUCCUUCGACAUUGAUUUCGGACGCGACGCACUGAAUUGGACUAUGAUGCGUGGCAUGGCCCUUUGGAUUCUGUGCCAGUGCGGAGUGAACGUCGUCCGAUAUAAGCGCCGCAUGUCAGAAUUCCGUGCGCGUGCCGAUGCCAUUGCUGCCCUUCCUGUUGAGACUUAUUCGCGACCUGAGAACAUGCAUGACGACGACACCAGCGUUGCCGAGGAGUCGUCGCACACCGACCAGUGUGUCACAGAGUCCAUCCCCGCCCCGAAAGUGGCCGGCCCAGCGCCGACAUCACCCAUCCUGGAUCACGACCCAGAACGCGCAGGGCUCAUCGCUUCAUCAGACGGCGAAUCCGUGGCCGCGUCUUCCUCGGCUGGCCCUACCCCCUCCUCUGCGUCGACGGCGUUUGAAGACGAGCGUGAUGGGGAAGAAGAGGAAUCUGUUUGCGCGGUCUGUUUGGAUAACUUUGAAACCGGGCAACAAGUUCGGUUUCUGGCGUGCGGACAUCUAUACCAUCGCGUGUGUAUUGACCCUUGGUUACAAUCUAGUUCUAACUGCUGCCCGCUGUGCAAACGAGAGGUCCCGAAUUUACCCCCUCCUCCUACCCAGCUGCAUUAUGGUUCAAUGUCGGUAUAGCGUAUAGAGCUUCAUGGUUUUUUUGUCACGACAACGAAAUCGCCUCCUGCUUGCAUUCCGUAUUGUGUGCGUGUCUGCUGUUUUUGGUUUCGAGCGUGAGUGUACAAUACAGGCAACGACCCAACUCGUGCCAUCCAUGCGCGUCAGUUAUUGGCCAGUGUGAAAUUUGUGGCAAUCGGAAAGUCUCUAAAGCAGAACGUAAACCGCGGGAACGGUCAUGAAGAAAGAAGGCGGCAAGAACAAAGGACUGAGUUCCCCGGAGUCCCGUUGCAGAGAGUACUCCUCACUUCUGGUUACUUGGAGUUACUGGUUCUCAAUCAUAGGCAGGCAGGAGAUGUCCGAUUAGCUCUGCCAAAAUCAUUUGUCCCUCACACCCUGAUGCGGAAUCAGAAUGUACGGGCUGACCGAACCGCAGUUCUCUCUCAAUCUGGCCGAGAAGACGGUACAGAACAGGAUGUUAGAGCCACUCUUUACCGAACAGAGUGCUAAUAUAUACAUGGAUAAAGUCAGUCUAUGCUACUUCUUUUCUUGACGUG